UGUAUGACUGGCAGCACUCAGAGAUAGUCCGUGGAUAGCCUUGGAGAGCACAUGGGCUGGACGAGACUUUCAGUACUGCACAAUCGGAAUUGGCCUGCGCGUAAUGAUAGCGCCACCAGCGGUGGGAUGGACUCUGAAUCCCCAAAUUAUCAGCUCCGCAGAACGGGACAGGAGGAGUCAGAGUCGAACGGAAGAAGCAAGACCAGGCUCGUCCCAAGCAGAAGGGGCCAAGGCUCCACCCGCUCCUCCUCUGCAGGGCGCAGACGUGCGGAGGCAGCUCUGAUUCGUUUAGUCUGAGAGUCGUGGUUGCAGCAGGUGUCCCCUUGCUUACGAGAGUAUGUUGCGACUGCUCUUGAGUCGCUGCUUGCGAAGAACUUCGAUCAUGAGUUUCGGGGGUGGCCCGAGCCAGCGGCCGCAGCGAGCGCUCUUUUCCGUUUCUGCGCCUCGUGGGGAGCCUCGCGUCAGCUUUUCUCCCCCCGACUGCAGCCUCUUCGAUGAGCCGCUGGCCAUCUCGGUGGAAGGCCUGCGGCCCCAGCGGGAAAUCGCCCUCCGCGCGUCGCUGGAAGACGAGAGCGGGCUGCUCUUCCAGUCCCGCGCCUUCUAUCGAGCGGACCGCGAGGGGCGCCUGGAUUUGCGCCGCUCGCCGGCGCUCGAGGGCGGGACCUUCUCGGGUUUGGAACCGAUGGGGCUGCUGUGGUCGUUACAGCCGCAAAAGCCCCUCAGACGCCUCGUCAAGCGCGACGUCGAGCGACCCUUUCGCCUGGAGCUGGAGGUGUUAGAAAGUCAGGGAGCGUCUCUGCCUGACCGCGUCCUGGCCAAGGGCUCCCAUGAGCGGAGAUUCCUGGGCGAAGGGGUGAAGAGAAUCCCGGUGCGGGAGGGGCGCAUCCGGGCCACGCUUUUCCAGCCUCCCGGUAAAGACCCCUUUCCAGGUAUCAUUCAGGUAUCUGGAACUGGAGGAGGGCUUCCUGAAAAUACAGCCUGUCUGAUGGCCAAUCAUGGCUUUGCUGUAUUAGCUUUGGCUUAUUAUGGGUAUGAAGAUCUUCCUAAAGAAGUGAAGGAAUUUCACCUGGAGUACUUUGAGGAAGCUGUCAAUUAUAUGCUAAAAAACCCAGUGGUUAAAGGUCCAGGAAUUGGGCUGUUGGGACACUCCAAAGGGGCUGACCUCUGUAUUUCCAUGGCCUCUUUUUUAAAGGGCAUCACGGCCACAGUCACAGUGAAUGGUUCUAUAGCCAACGUGGCUGCAACACUACGCUACAAGGAUAUCACCAUUCCACCUCUUGGCUUUGAUCCAAAUCGGGCCAAAAUUGAUCAGAAUGGGAUAGUUGACAUUAUUGAUAUCCUGAACAACCCACUUGAGGGUCCUGACCGCCAAAGCUUAAUUCCAUUAGAGAAGGCUGAGGGACGUUUUCUUUUUAUUGUGGGCAUGGAUGAUCAUAACUGGAAGAGUGAAUUCUUUGCCAGUGAAGCUGCCAAUCGUUUACAAGCUCAUGGAAAAGAGAAGCCUGGAAUCAUUUGCUAUCCUGGAACAGGUCAUUACAUUGAACCUCCUUAUACGCCAUUGUGCCCUGCUUCAUUCCACUUUUUGGUGGGCAGACCAGUGGUCUGGGGGGGGGAACCCAGAGCUCACGCAGCAGCGCAAGUCGAUGCUUGGAAGCAGAUUCAAAUCUUCUUUCACAAAACCCUCAAUGAUAGCAAGAACAAACUCUGAAUCUGAUGGUUAUGAGCUGUGUUUCAGGUGGAUGCAUGUAUGUUUACUAAGCAAAACGCUGGGGAUGGGAGAUAAAGCUGGGAACUGAUAUGAACUGGGGGCAAGAACAAGCAGACUGUCAGGCAAUGAAGCCCGUUUGAACUUUCUUUUUCUAAUCUUCAAAUAUUGUACCUGCGUUCUCUAUUCUGUAUUAAAGUCCUCAAGGCUGGGA